UUACUCUCCUCACUUGAAUAAAAGAAAAGUGUAUCUGAAGAUAUUUUUCAGAAAAAUAGCUGUGAUAAUGGCGAUCAAAUGGUUGAUAUUUCCUCUGGUGGUGGUGAUCGCCUGUGGACUCACGCCGGUCUUUGCUGAAGAGAGUAAGAGCACCGAAUCCAAGGAGUUCGUCGUAACUUUGGAUCACUCCAACUUCGAUGACACUGUCGGUAAACACAAGUUCAUCGUCGUUGAAUUCUACGCGCCUUGGUGUGGCCACUGUAAAAGUCUUGCUCCAGAGUAUGAGAAAGCUGCAUCUAUUUUGAGUAGUCAUGAUCCGCCUAUUGUUCUUGCCAAAGUUGAUGCUAAUGAGGAAGCAAACAAAGAUCUCGCAACCAAAUUUGAGAUUAAGGGGUUCCCCACACUUAAGAUUUUGAGGGAUGGAGGGAAGUCAGUUCAAGAAUACAAAGGACCCCGGGAUGCUGAGGGUAUUGUUGCAUAUUUAAAGAAACAGAGCGGUCCUGCUUCAACUGAAAUAAAGACUACAGAAGAUGCUAGUGGUUUUAUUGAUGAGAAGAAGAUAGUUGUUGUUGGCGUUUUCCCGAAAUUAUCUGGAGAGGAGUUUGAGAACUUCAUGGCUGUUGCUGAGAAAUUGCGAUCAGAUUACGAAUUUGGUCAUACACAAAAUGCCAAACUCCUUCCACGUGGGGAGUCAUCAGUGACCGGGCCUGCAGUAAGGUUGUUCAAGCCUUUUGAUGAACUAUUUGUUGACUCUAAGGAUUUUAAGGUGGAUGCUCUUGAGAAGUUUGUUGAAGAAUCUAGCAUUCCCCUUGUGACUCUGUUUAGCAGUGACCCAAGCUUGCACCCUUUCGUCAUAAAAUUCUUUAACAGUCCGAAUGCAAAGGCAAUGUUGUUUAUGAACUUCAACAGCGAAGGUGCUGAUUCUUUCAAAUCGAAAUAUCGUGAAGUUGCUGAUCAAUACAAAGGACAGGGCAUCAGUUUUCUGAUGGGAGAUCUUGACGCUAGUCAAGGUGCCUUCCAGUACUUUGGACUCAAAGAAAGCCAAGUGCCUCUCAUCAUUAUACAGACAACUGAUGGGCAGAAGUAUUUGAAACCUAAUUUGGAGGCUGAUCAGAUUGCUCCUUGGAUGAAGGAAUACAAGGAAGGUAAAAUCCAACCAUUCAAAAAAUCUGAGCCUAUCCCUGAAGAGAACAAUGAGCCUGUGAAGGUGGUUGUUGCUGAAAGCUUUCAGGAUAUGGUUUUCAAGUCUGGAAAAAAUGUUCUGCUAGAGUUUUAUGCUCCUUGGUGUGGACAUUGCAAAAAAUUGGCUCCAAUCUUGGAUGAAGUUGCGGUCUCUUAUCAAAAUGAUGCCGAUGUUGUUAUUGCAAAAUUUGAUGCAACUGCAAAUGAUAUCCCUGGCGACACUUUUGAUGUUCAAGGUUUCCCAAGCGUGUACUUCAGGUCAGCUAGUGGAAAGAUAGUAGCUUAUGAGGGGGAUAGGACCAAGGAAGACAUUAUCAAAUUCAUUGAGAAGAACAGGGAUAAAUCUGUUCAAGAUGUUGAAGAAUCUGUUAAAGAUGAAUCAUCUGCAAAAGAUGAACUCUAAAGAAGGAAUGGCAGCUUCUCUCUGUAGAGAGUAUACAGACAUGCGCAUGUUGUAUUGUGCUUGGCGGCUGUUAUACCAAACAAUAAUAUCAACAACAAAAACAAAGAAGCCUGAUGUCCUUCCUCUCAGUUUCUUUUUAGGUUUGCCGUUUGCAUGAAUAAAUAGGAGGCAUUUUCGGCAGUUUUAGCAGGUAUUUACUUUUUGGAAUAGCAUAGUUGUAACAGUGUUUGGCGUAAGGAACAAGAUAGUAAGUUAAUUAUGUAGAAGAGAUAUUUUUAAUUUAAUGUCGGUGGUUUGGCAUAUUUCUAUAGUUUA